CUCUGUGCGUCUGACGUCAGCACGCAAUCCCCGAACCAGAGGCUGAGGCUGUAAACAAUAAAACCCAGCCCGUCCAUCAUCCAUGCGCUAAACAUGCGUCUGUCGGUGCUGCUGUGCCUCUUCUGCGCCCUCAGGUCCGCUCGAGGUUACUAUGGCAACCCCCUGAGCAAGUACAUCCAGCACUAUGAGGGUCUGUCGUACGACACAGAGCUGCUGCACAGCCGGCACCAGAGAGCCAAGAGAGCGCUGUCACUGCAGGAGCGUGAGCUGCAGCUGGAGUUCCAUGCACACGGCAGACAUUUCAGCCUCCGAAUGAAGCGAGACAGCAGGCUGUUUUCAGACGGCUUUAAGCUGGAGAUGUCUGGAGAGCAGCUGGAUUACGACACCUCGCACAUCUACACCGGAGAACUGUACGGUGAACAGGGCUCUCUGACGCACGGCUCGGUCGUGGACGGGAAGUUCGAGGGCUUCAUUCAGACCCAUCGAGGGACGUAUUACGUGGAGCCGGUCGAGAGAUACCUGCAGGACAAGAACGUCCCGUUCCACUCCGUCAUCUACCACGAGGACGACAUCCAGUAUCCGCACAGAUACGGGCCGGAAGGCGGCUGUGCAGAUUCGUCUGUGUUUGAGCGAAUGAAGAAGUAUCAGGCGUCGGCGCUGGAGGAACCGGCCAAGGAGGAUCACGUGUUGCUGAGGAAGAAGAGGAUGACGCAGGUGGAGAAGAACACCUGCCAGCUCUUCAUCCAAACCGAUCACCUCUUCUACAAGUACUACAAGACCAGAGAGGCCGUGAUCGCUCAGAUCUCCAGUCACGUCAAGGCCAUUGAUGCCAUCUACCAGGGCACAGACUUCAUGGGCAUCCGCAACAUCAGCUUCAUGGUCAAGAGAAUACGGAUAAACACCACCAGUGACGAGCGCGAUCGCUCCAACCCUUUCCGCUUCGCUAACAUCGGCGUGGAGAAGUUUCUGGAGCUGAACUCGGAGCAGAAUCAUGACGAUUACUGCCUGGCGUACGUCUUCACCGACCGAGACUUUGACGACGGUGUGCUGGGUCUGGCCUGGGUCGGCGCUCCAGCCGGGAGCUCUGGUGGAAUCUGUGAGAAGAAUAAGCUGUAUUCUGACGGGAAGAAGAAGUCUCUGAACACUGGGAUCAUCACGGUGCAGAACUACGCCUCGCACGUGCCUCCUAAAGUCUCACACAUCACCUUCGCUCACGAGGUCGGACACAACUUCGGUUCCCCGCAUGACUCCGGGUCAGAGUGCACUCCGGGUGAGUCCAAGAGCCAGGAUAAGAAGGAGCGAGGGAACUACAUCAUGUACGCGCGAGCCACUUCUGGAGACAAGCUGAAUAACAACAAGUUCUCCGUCUGCAGCGUUAAGAACAUCAGCCAGGUGUUGGAGAAGAAGCGCGGCAGCUGUUUCGUAGAGUCCGGCCAGCCGAUUUGCGGGAACGGUCUGGUGGAGCCAGGUGAGGAGUGUGAUUGCGGCUACAGCGAUCAGUGUAAAGACGAGUGCUGCUACGACGCCAAUCAGCCAGACAACAAGAAAUGCAAACUCAAGCCCAACAAAGUCUGCAGUCCGAGUCAGGGUCCCUGCUGCACGGGGGAGUGCUCCUACAAGAGCCGUAAUGAGAAGUGUCGUGAGGAGUCGGAGUGUGCUCAUCGGGGCAUGUGUAACGGUGCCUCGGCCCAGUGCCCCACAUCAGAGCCCAAAGCCAACUUCACCGCCUGCCACGGGGACACGCAGGUCUGCCUGAACGGGGGCUGCUCUGGCUCCAUCUGUGAGAAGUAUGGGCUGGAGGUCUGCACCUGUGCCAGCGUGGAUGGCAAAGACGAGACCGAGCUCUGCCACGUGUGCUGCAUGGAGAAGAUGAACCCCAGCACCUGCAGCAGUACGGGCUCGGAACGUCUUGCUCGCUUCUUCAAUAAGAAGGUCACCACUCUUCAGGCCGGCUCGCCCUGCAAUGACUUCAAGGGCUACUGCGAUGUCUUCAUGAAGUGUCGUCUGGUGGACGCCGAUGGUCCUCUGGCGCGCCUGAAGAAGGCCAUCUUCAACCCGGAGCUGUACGAGAACAUUGCCGAAUGGAUCGUGGCUCACUGGUGGGCGGUUCUGCUUAUGGGAAUUGCUCUCAUCAUGCUCAUGGCCGGAUUCAUUAAGAUCUGCAGCGUUCACACACCCAGCAGCAACCCCAAACUGCCUCCUCCUAAACCACUGCCAGGUACGCUGAAGAGACGACGAGCUCAACACGCCAGUCAGCAGCAGCAGCACCAGCACCAUCAGCACCACAACCAGAACCAGAACCAGCACGCUCACGGCCACCAGAACCAGCGGCCGGCUCCACGCCAGGCCCAGCGCCAGCCGCAGCCGCAGCGCCACCACCGGCAGCCCCGCGAGAACUACCAGAUGGGUCAGAUGAGACGCUGAGAGCCACCGCCGCUGCCUCAUCCACAGCUCCGCCAUCCCCCCUCCACAGCCCACUCCGUUUGCUCCAGAACCGGCCUGCGCUCCAGAGCGUUUCGUUCAGUCUGAGCGUGGAGCAAGGCUUCACUCAUCACCACCACAGUCCCACGUGUGGCGUCGGUUUACAGGAAUAUGUCCAGAGUCCAUAAUGCUUCCUCAGACUGGAUGAGUAACACCAACCGCAGCUCUGCCCUUCACUCUUAUCGUCUUUGAUUAUUUCUGUUGGUUUUUACCCUCGAGUGCCAAGGUUUACCGGGGUAUUUGUAGAUAGAGCAUCUCCUGUUGUCCUUCGUAAACUCCACUCGAGACUCGUGGUUUGAUAUGAAACCUCUUUUUAAGGAUUCGUGCGAAGCGUCUGCUCCAGCUGUCGCCACAUGCACAGAAAAUGAUUUUAUUUUGUAAGAGCAGAAAUUUUAUGCCUUCCCUUUUCCGCAGACUCGCGGCUGUAUAGAGAAACAAUAUUAGCUGUAUUAUAUGUGAGAACAGAUUAUUUCUUCUACUGUCAAUAAGAGAUUUACAGUUGGUUUUGUUGACAACACUCAGGACUCAAAAAUACUAACGAAGGUGGCGGCUCAGCGUCACUCCGCCGUUUACAUGUUUCUUUCUGUGUGCGUUUGUGUUUGUUUGUAUAUAGCUCCACACCUUUAUGGCAAGCCCAUCAACAUUUAAUCUUCAAACUUCUUGAGCUACUAGUGCUUAUUAUUGAGGUACUAGUAACUUUUUAAAGAUACUAAUUCUUAUUCAUUAAAUACUAGUAUGUUUUCCAUUAGGUUCUAGUACUCCUUCAUUAGCUGAUAGUGCUUAUUCUUUAAGUGCUAGGUCUCAUUAUUUAGGAAGUAGUAACUUUUUAAAGAUACUAGUACUUAUUUUAAUGGAGACUACUAACUGUUCUAUUGUUGUAGCAACACAUUAAAUUUUUUGUAACUUCUGUUAUUCAGAUAUUUACUAUUCAGUUUUGACUAGUAAUAAUUCCAAUAGUGACUAGUAUGUUUUUAAAUAAUAUUAGUAAGCAUUCAAUUAGAAAUUAGUACUUGUUUAUUAAAUACUAUCACUUUCAUUAGAUACUAGUAUGUUUAUUAGACACCUGUAGUUAUUUGUUAGGCACUAGUUUUAGGUACUUAUUUUUUAGACACUAGUGUAUUUUGUUAUUGUUACUAGUAGCAAUUCUUAUUUUACUAGUCACACCUGCUUUUUUUCUCCUCUUAUGUUAUUACUAGUCAAAAUGGCCACUGUAGAGCUCAAUUGAAAAUCUUUAUAGUAAAAUUCAAAAUCUUACCAAAAACACUUGGAAUAAGUACUAGUAUGUAAUAGGUGUAUAGGAAUGAAUAGGUACUCUUAUCUUUUAAAAAAGGUACUAGUAGCUAAAGAUAAGCACUAGUAUCUUAUGAAUAAGUACUAGCUGUAUGAAAGUUAAUGCUAGUAUGUUAUUAGGAUUAAAUGUUAUGGUGGCUUGCCAUACACUCACAUUCACCACACUCCACCAAUGAGGAACGUGUGCAUGAAGAGCAGCGUAAACGUGAGUUUAAUGUGUGUUUUAGCAGGACGAUCAUGAAGAAACCUUUAUAAACGUACGAUGGUUUCAGAAGACUGAAGUAACUGAGCAUCAUGGGAAAGCGUUCGGCUCCCAGUGAAGAGGAUUCUCACGGUACUAACGGUCACAUUAACAUGUUUAGUUUACACACCUUCAUCAUCAUGAUGCUGGAGA